CAGACCAGUGUGUGAACACUCUGAAACACAGCAGCCCAACCCCAACCCAGUCUUCAGACACGUAUCAUCUCACCACUCCCCCGUCAAGUCGGCGUGGGUCAAGGGCUACCGGAGACAAGCAGUCAUGAAGGAAUUCCAGAGCGUGCCGAUGAACACCGCCGAGGACUCGGCCAAGCUGAAGCGCAACCAGGCAUGGGUCUACUCUGCUACCUUCAUCUCGUACGCUAUGUCUCACUUCUCGAGGAAGUGCUACACGAACGUGAAGAAGCAGCUGGUCGUGAACGCAGGCAUGAGCAAGUCUUUGCUCAGCCGCCUCGACACCGGGUUCAUGCUGAGCUACGCGAUCGGAGGCUUCCUGAGCGGCAUGGUCGGCGACCGGAUGCGCAUGUCCACGGUUAUUGCGGGGGGGCUCGCCGGGUCUGCGGUGUGCGUGCUUCUGCUGGCUGGGGGAGCAGCUGACCACUUGCUCCAGAAGACGGUGAUCGGCGCAAACAUUUUCUUCAUGAUUAACUGGCUUGCGCACGGUCUGUUCCAGAGCACCGGCGGUCCGGUCGGCACCGCCAUCAUGGGCAACUGGUUCGGCAAGCAGAACCGCGGUCUUGUGUUCGGAACAUGGACCUGCCACCAGUACGUGGGCAACAUCAUCGCUGCACUCGUGGCUACGGCAGUCCUCUCCCGAGAAGGCGUGUCGUAUUACUGGGCCCUCAUCAUCCCCGCCGCCGCCAACGCCAUCUGGGGGCUCGUGAUCUACAUGUUCUUGCCGCCCCACCCGGAGGAGAUCGGCCUCGAGUCACCCAAGGACACCGAAAAGCGGGAAGCCGGUGGCGAUGUAAACGAAGGCAGGACUGACGGCGAGGAGACUGCUAUCUCCAUCGUUGAGGCAUUCACUAUCCCUGCCGUGGCUUCUUACGCCAUCGCCUUCGGCUUCUUCAAGUUCACCAAUUACGCCCUGUUCUUCUGGCUGCCUUUCUUCCUCACCAGCCACUUCAGCCCCUCGGAAAGUAACCUCAUCUCCACGCUGUACGACAUCGGCAUGAUGCCAGGUGGCAUCAUCGUCGGCGUUGUGAGCGACGCAUUCGGCGGCAGGCGCGCCUGUGUGAUCGUGACCUUCCUCUCCCUGCUGUGCGUGCUGCUGGUCGUCUUCGCCGAGAAGUCCGAUGACAUGGCGGCCGGGCCGCUCCUCGUGCUUCUCGGUCUCAUGGGCGUGCUCGUAGGAGGGCCCAACAACAUCAUCUCUUCGGCCGUGGCGGUCGAUCUUGCCGGACACCCCAAGCUUGCGGGCACGCGUUCCUUGGGCACGGUGACCGGGAUCAUCAACGGGUCUGGAUCUAUUGUCGCCGCCGUGGGCCUCCUGAUUAUCGGCCCGCUGCAGAACUUCGGCGGGUGGAAGGCUGUGUGGUACUUCCUGGUGGCUUCCACGAUCGCGGGCAUGGCCCUACUUGCGCCUCUGGUGCACAAGGAGAUCUUCAACCAUGGACAUGAGGAGGAGGAGGAGGAAGAAUCCAAGCCUCUCGCGAGCAACAACGCCGGCUACAGCGCCGUAGAGUCCGCUCCCUGAGUUUGACCACCCGGUGCUAUCAUGCCCGACCACAUUCAAACAACCGCACGCUGAGAGCUCUGACCGCGUGCCGUCGUUUUCAGCUCAGAGCAAAAGUGGGACAGGCAAACGAAUUGGCGUGGUUUUGUCUAGGACAGGAAGGCUUCGUGCAACAUGUGGCAAUCAUUUCGUGAUCAUAAACGUAGUAUUUGUCAGGGAAGCAUGCGUUGACGUGGUUGUGACGCGUGCAGACUAGGGAGUGAGAUGGGGAGAAUGUGAGGAAGGAGGCCGAGAUUUUACUUUUGGGUGUUGUAAAUCCUUUAAUCCUCUUGGGCGCAGGCCAAGACGUUACGCGUCUGUUUCGUAUUACCUGCUCCCGUUCCCCGAUCGCUUCGUUGGGAUUGAUGUUGAUUUCCGUGUUUCGGCGCUUUGCACGAAGUAGCUAUAUCUGCUGGUGCGGCCUUCGCUCACCUUUCCCCAGGUGUGAAGGACAUUCCUCUAUCCAUAGCCUUUGGGAGAGUUCUGCCCUGGGCGACAAUUGUAGCAUGUGGAGGCUCAUGUCGGGACACAUGUCCUCGCCUGCGCGGCUACACGAAGGCUGCGAAUGGUGCCGUUCUGUGUUGAUAAGGUUCAGAAAUGGUGAUUACCGCUUGCUGGUUGAACGAGUGGGUGUACGAUAGGCCUACAAAUUAAUUGUGGUGCGAUUUGGAAGAAAGGGAGGCACCCAGCGUGUGGCCCUACGUCGUACUGCUUGCUUUCGUCUGAGGAUCAUGCAAUCAAUGUCUGGCUGGAUGUGUUGCGCGAUUGAAAGUCAGGAACCCGGGCACAUUAAAUAUGCCUUUUCCCAUUUUGCGUCAAUCAAGAGCUCAUAGAAUUUCAAGCAACCUGGCGAAAAUUGCACCGAACAAAGAGUAGUCGGGCCAAACAGUGAAUGGAGCAAGAGAUACAUUAAGUCUCAAGUUUACCGAGACCGAUUGGCGUCCAGGCGUUGGGGUCUGCAUCACCAAAAUAUGGGCUACUGUAGUGUUGUCGUUGAGCCUUUUGUGCCCCGGGGGAGGAGUAGAUGCCGAGUGAGGUCACAGAAGAACCCCCCUCAAAAUGUCUCGGUUGCAUGUCCAGCUGAGCAUGCAAAGAACGCUUGAGGAACACUGCCGUGUCUUUACCUGUUCCGAGCGACCUCGCGAAAGAACCAACGCCAGCAAAACAUGGCAGUUUUGCACGAGUCCACACCACACAAAAAUCGCGCUUAUAGUUCGAAGGUCGGUGUUCGUACACCUUGUUUGAACCGAGCGUACUUCCACCAAGAAGGCUAAUCCAAAACAAAUCGUGCUCAUCUAGUCAUGAUCGUAUCCCGUCGAAGUGCCGACGACUUCAGCAUUCUGGGGCACUGGUUGUUGGCGCGGCUGAUACUGUAAGGUCUGCACUUUGCAAGAAGACGCCGACAAAGCAACAGGCAUUUUUUCCCUGACAAGGAAGGCACGAUCGCGUCGACAACAAACACAACUUCGCUGCAUACGCGCUUUUGCCCUGCGGUGUUCAAUUGGAGCAUUCUCAAUAAUCGCGUUGCUCCUUGCCAAUCGCACAUUGUGCAUCACACGCAUGGCUGUAUGCCUGAUGCAUACAAUGCAAAUGCAUCUGUACGUCACAUGCGGGAAGACUCCACACGAUCUCCUACACUGUUUGACAUAUCAGAGUACUUCCUUCAUGGAAGUGCUGAGUUUACUUCCACGGAAGUGCUGCGCUUCCGUGGACGUGGUAGACUAAUUCAGGUGACUUCCAUGGGGGGGGAGGUACGAGAGGGUGGGGUGGUGGUGCCUACAAGCGAAGAUCCCGCGAUAGUGGAGAUACGAUUCACGCACCCCUACUUGCAUGAAUCAGCUCUCCUGGCGUACGCCGUGCAUCCGUCGACUCGGGACGUGCGUGUUAUCGUGCGACAACAGAGCGGGGUGACCGGUAACACCUACGUCAACUGCAUCGACGUCCUGAAGCUUUUCCAAGAUCUAUCGGCAAUGCGAAAUUGGCCAUCUUCGUUCACCAAUUUGCAGAGGGUGCUACCGAUAGUCUCCGCAUUUGUUCUUAACGGGACUGACUUUACUCCAACGCUUAGUGGCUUGACGGCAUCGAGUAUGUUCCAAGCACUACAACGCGUUGAAGGAUGCCGGCAACCACAACUUUGUUCUGCCGCUGGGUUCCGAGCAACGUGAGGGGGGGGCGGUUUCUGGUGUAGACCUGGCCAGAGAGGAAUUGGUGAAGUUUGUCUCGCUAGCGUACUUUACAAAACAUCGCAAACUCUUUGUGAACGUCCUUCCGGGACGCCAGGUAAGGUCGGAAUACCUGGAAGGGCAGGUCGAUGACGUAGGGCCAUGGGUCCAGGCCAUCAGCGACCGCACUAUCGAACAUAGUUUUGGGAAGGGGGACAUUAAGGCUCCUGCCCCAAAUUACGACGUUAUUAACAACUGCGUGCUACGCAUGGAAUGGGCGGUGGAGUAUUGGCUCUCGAUUGUGCCCGUCCCUUCCGAAAAUGUGUCCGCCUUGUAUCCGAUUCAAAUUCCCGACUGGAAUGGCAAGCGGUACAUUGCGAAUCCGGAGUGCGAAGGGGGGGCUUUGCUGGUGUUGCGUGAUUUGCCGAAGGUACACACGCUCCGAUGCCGCGGCCAGCGCGGCGUGCGCCUCAUGUCACAAAGGGAAGCUGCCGAAGACGUCAGUGAGAAACAACGGCACACAAACGAGAGAGUCCUCGCCACCAAAUAACAGCACUGACCCCCAUAUACUCGAGUCGGCUACGUGUUGCCGGUAAAUCGCAGCAAUCACAGUAGUACAUUUCCCUCAUUCCUAGCGCACUCAUGAAUUGCUCGUACGCAUUACCGUUCAAUGUUGGGACAUGGGCUUGUGGGGUCUACCGCAAGGGGCGCGCCCUCUGACACCUGAGGUCAGCGGUCGGGCUGACCUGAAGCCUGAGCGCAACAUAGAAAAAAAAACGGGUCCAUGCGCGAUUUCGUCCUUCCGGACUCUCAACAACCCAUUCUAACUAGGAAGAAAUAAAAGCUUCGUGCCAUCACUACUACUAUAUCCACUACCAGGAGGGUACCACACACCCCAAAAUUCGCCCACCCUUACGUGGGCGGGUUGGUACCGGGCCCUGCUCAUCAUCAUGCAUAGAGCCGGGGGGUUCGCCUGAAGCCAACCUGCUCGGUCGGCACAGGGUUCCAGAAACGACAGCGGCAAUUUCAGCGCCACGCCUUUCUUCGCCACCGUCAACGCCGCCUUGACAAAGGCCAGCGCACCCUUGUACGGGGGGCUCGUCACUACCCAGUCAGGUUGUUGCCCGUGGUGUGCUGCCGUGAAAUCGUCCGUAAAUGACGCCGAGCUCGCGUCCAGGACGGAUGCAAAGGGCGUCAGAAUAUAGAACAACACUGACGCACUUACACACGUGCUUUUCCCCUUGUUUCCUAGGAAUAAAACUUGCUCUGCAAGGUUAGAACAACACCAAAGCGUUUGGACCACACCAAAGAAAAAAAAAGGCCGCCGUCACUGUCGGUCACUCGUAGACUACGAAUUCCCCCCACAUGCUUUGGCCUCAAUCGGAUACAGUCAAGCUUGGGUUGCUCCAUAUGCGUGCACCGCAAGCAACAUCUGUGCCUGGUAAACACUCGGUUUGCGGCAUUUCGUUUCCACAUGUAACCUAUCUGCGAAACUUCAACGAUAAAAAAGGGUACAUGCAAACAACGAGCGGACUCAUUUACUGCAGGUCCGCUGGUGCGAGCCUAUCUACGACGUGGACCUGCACAAAACAAGGAACGGUAAGCUUGGAGCAGAUUGCACGAGUAGGUCCGUUGAAUGUAAAUCAGCAUCUGUGAGUGACUCUUGUCCGUUGAGAAUCUACGCACUACGCGGUAGAACUUUUCGUCCUCGCUGCACACUUUUGCAUCGCAUCAGUUUGUAUGCGCGAGAGAGAGAUACGCCGCACGCCAUCUCGUGCGGCCUAUUUCGUCCCCGCUACGGCGGUGUCUUCCUGGCUGCUGGCCUACGUCAGCCUGCCAGCUCAGCGUGCCAGCUCAGCGUGCCAGCUCAGCGUGCCAGCUCAGUCCCCGCCACGUCGGCUUAUCCGAUGGCAGUGCCCUCGCUCUGCUCGCAACCCUCUGUCACUUCUAUCCUUGUCCCUUCGGCUCUCACCCGAGAUCCAACUCUGUCAACCUUUGUCUGUCCGGUGCUUUCUACGCAUCGUCCAUACCCACGACCGUUGCUCACGGAGGCCUCUUGUACCUUACAAGAGUCGAGAAUUCACACCCUCCUGCGGUGCUUGUCUGAGAGCCAACCUAUAUAUCCUUCAAAGCAGAUUGAUGCUACUGCUGUCAAUUCGCCUAGCCGGCUCGACGUUGACAGGCACAUGUAGAACGGCGUCANACUCAGCAUCCUUCAAAACAGAUUGAUCCUACUGCUGUCAAUUCGCCUAGCCGGCUCGACGUUGACAGGCACAUGUACAACGGCGUCGUCCACACCAAGAGGCAAACAGCGUUGAUAAUGCGCCUACGAGUGGCCUCAUUUCGUGCUGGGGAGUUCAAGGGAAUGUUACGCUAGAAUACCCAGCGCUAUGGAACGAGCAGGAAGGGUGUCUAUCUACUUCUCACCGCAAGCACACAAAAAAAAAAAGCGCGUCAUCCCCUCACCUCGGUCGCACAUCGUUCGUGAGUACUUGGCACAUGUCUCGAAGGCGAAUCUUUACAGCAUCAUCCGUCCCCCGCACAUGUCCAGCAAACACCCGCUGAUGCCAACAACACCCAGAAAAGCCUCCAACGCCGCGGGCGAAGUGCAGUAGCGAUCAAAGCACCGGCGCUUCAGCUGCUUCACAGGUUCAGGAGCGCACGUCCACUUCGGCCCUCGCUUUGCUCGGCGUUUGGUAGGCGCCCUGCUUUCCCUUUGCUGGUUCAGUACGAUCAGCUCCAACAGGCAACCCGUACGUUUACAUAGGAUGAGCUUGUCUAUGCUUGGAUCGCCGCACUUCAAGCCGGGGAACUUGUCUCCCAUGCCGGCUGCCUCCAGGAAAGCCCGGACAUUACCCCCGGUCCUUUCUCUCAUACAGCGAACGUGAACUCUUGCCGUUGGUUGCUGGCACGCGCUGCAGCAUUCCUCCGACAUCACCCUGUCCGACAAAAGAGACGGAAGCAACAUUCUACGUGUUUAUUUGGGAGCUUCAUGUGAGGGAAAGUGAACCAAGGGCACACCCAUAGCAUCCUGUUACUUUCAUGGCUAAACCAGCAGUACAAGAGAGGCACGGGGGCCUCUUAACCUGCUGUACAGGAUAGCAGCGGUGCAACCCAACCCGCGUUCUGGCGAGUUCCGCCGCGUUUUUGGAGGCACAUCUGCUACACCGAUUUCGCGCGCUGUAGUGCUGAUCCCAAUUAGUGCACAUCUUUUAUUCAAUCUAAAUCUAUGGACCCGGUCAGCUGCCAGUUCAAUCGCUGCUGCAGAGCACGUUUUGAUGGUAACCACAUGGGCUGAAAGUUGCCUGGCAAAUCCGGUGUCUCCGUGGUCCGAAACUUUCCUCUUGUGCCCUCAAGCCAUAUACCCCUUUCUUUCUCCACCUUGCCGACAUUAAAAAACCAAUGAACCUCUCAU